AUGGCGUCAGCGUCUCUGCGCUCCAUCUUCCGUCCCCUACAGCACACUCGGUGUCUGUCGACCAGCUCCGGCUCCUCUUCGUCUUCCCCUCGACAUUUCCUGUCCAUCUCCAAUCUAACGCCGACCGAGCUGACGACGCUCGUUAACAAUGCCACGACGCACAAGAACUCGCAACUACCCCCGACAUGGCCCCUGCGUAACGCCCUCUCGAACAAGACCAUCGCCCUACUGUUCUCCAAACUGUCGACGCGGACGCGAGUGUCGACCGAAAGCGCGGUGGUGGCCAUGGGCGGACACCCAAUGUUUCUGGGGAAAAACGACAUCCAGCUGGGAGUCAACGAGUCCUUGUACGACACGUCGGUGGUGAUUUCGAGCAUGGUGAACGGCAUUGUGGCGCGAGUCGGCCCGCAUUCGGAUAUAGCCAAUCUGGCCAAAGACUCGUCGGUGCCGGUGAUUAACGCGCUCUGCGACACAUACCAUCCCAUGCAGAUCAUUGCGGACUUUGCCACGUUGACCCAGACCUUCUCCACGCCGGCCGAGAAGCUGAAGGGCCUGAAGAUCGCAUGGGUAGGCGACGCCAACAACGUCUUAUUCGACAUGUGCAUUGGCGCGCGUAAGCUAGGCAUCGACAUGGCCGUGGCCACCCCUGAGGGAUACGGCAUGCCCGACAAGAUCAAGCGGGAAAUCGACGCUGCCGGGCCGGGUUCCUUGUUCGAGACGAACUCCCCGGAAGAGGCGGUCAAGGGCGCCAACGUCAUCGUCACCGACACGUGGAUCUCCAUGGGCCAGGAGGACGAGAAGACCAAGCGACUGGAGGCCUUCAAGGGGUACCAGGUCACGGAAGAGUUGGCUCGAAGGGGCCGCGCCGCCGAGGACUGGCGCUUCAUGCAUUGUCUGCCUAGACACCCGGAGGAAGUGAGCGACGAGGUCUUCUACGGCAAGAGGUCGUUGGUGUUUCCCGAGGCCCAGAACCGACUGUGGUCAGCCAUUGCCACUCUCGAAGCCUUUGUCGCCAAUAAGGGCGUGGUUAAAAAGACAGAGCAAUAA